AUGACGGGCCGCGACCAGGACGCGGUGGGCCCGCCGAGCGCAGCGGGCGCUGACCCGGGCGCAGGGCCUCGGUCUCAGGCGGGCGCGGAGCCCUCGCCCGCGGCCGCGACGCCGGCCCGGCCCGUCGAGGCCAGCCCGACGAAGCCGCACCGGCACCGUCCGCUGAAGCACGCGCAGAUACUGGUGCUCGGCCAGGAGGGGGCCGGCAAGACGCACAUGGUGCGGCAGGUGGUGCACUACGCGGAGCCGAAGCGCUUCCCCGAGCAGACGCAGGGGCCCCACUCGACGAUAGGUGUGGAGAAGCGGGUGUGUAAGUUGAAGGGCGGCGUGCAGGCGAUGUUCACCGAGGUGGGCGGGUGCAUGAAGGAGAUCUGGGACGACUACUACGCGGAGAGCAGCGCAGUGAUCUACGUGGUCGACGCGGCGGCGACGGAUGAGGAGCUGAAGGCGGACGCGCGGAACUUGCUGGAGUUGCUGGACGCGCCGGCGCUGGACCUGAAGCCCGUGAUGGUCGCGCUCACCGCGUGGGACCGCGUGGAGGACUCCCUGACGAGGAUGAAGCAAGUCACGCGCAAGCUGCGCCUGCCCAGCCUGUACGACAAGUGCGAGGGGAUGCGCGGCCGGCUGACUGUCACGCAGAUCUCGGCGGCGACGGCGUGGCAGCUGGAUCAGGUCGCGACGUGGGUGUUUCAGGCCGCGAAGAUUGGCGUGGACACCAGCGCGGUGCCAGAACCGAAACCGCCGAACGGCUGCCUCAAACGCCGAGCGAAGGUCGCGGUCGUCAGCAAGUGA